AUGAGCCGCUGCUUUGGGUCCUGUGACAAGGGCUCCCUGCGGAGGCAGGAGCAGGGAAAAACGCUAAAUUACCUUUCAGCCCCCGGCUCCGUGUGCUGGGAAGCAAAUCAAGGCCGCGGGGGGGUUUACCUGGGUCACAUCCCCGGUGCUGUCCGCCACCGCUUUCCCUCUGAGGACAGGUCCGGCUCACGCUGCCCUCACAGGAGGCUGGAGGCGAUCCAAGCGAGGAUCCCGGGCCAGCCCUCACCGGCCCUGCCAAGGAAGCGCCCCUCAGGUGUCGGGGACACUGUCGCUGAGGGCAGGGACGCUGCUCCGAGCCGCUCCUCGGCCGCAGGCCGUGCCUGGCACUGCCCCGUGACACGCAGGGAUGGCCUGUGCUUCCCUCCGCCCUGUCAAUGUUUAACCGGGCCGGAGGAAGUGAGGCACGGCCGGGGACACCCCGAGCAAACCUCACCUCACAGCCCGGCAGCCGCGGCCCCGAGCACCCCGGGCAAACCUCACCUCACAGCCCGGCAGCCGCGGCCCCGAGCUCGUCCAGGGCACGGCCCCGAGCACCCCGGGCAAACCUCACCUCACGGCCCGGCAGCCGCGGCCCCGAGCUCGUCCUGGGCACGGCCGGGAACACCUCGGGCAAACCUCACCUCACAGCCCGGCAGCCGCGGCCCCGAGCUCGGCCCCGAGCUCGUCCUGGGCACGACCGGGGACACCCCGGGCAAACCUCACCUCACAGCCCGGCAGCCGCGGCCCCGAGCACCCCGGGCAAGCCUCACCUCACAGCCCGGCAGCCGCGGCCAUGAGCUCGUCCUGGGCACAGCUGCAGGAGAGGGCUCCGGGCGGCAAGGUAAAAUCUAGGUGCCCAUCCAAGGAUAAAGGCAGGGAUGGAUCAGGCUGUGGCUUCACUGGGGAGCAUCACAGGUUGGAAAAGACCUUUGGGAUCAUCAAGUACAACCUCUGACCAAACAUCACCUUGUCAACCAGACCAGUGCUCAACUCAGAGCACUGGGUGCCACGUCCAGUCUUUCAUUAAAUGCCUCCAGGGACUCCGCCUCCCUGGGAGUGCUUUCCAAGGUUUAAUCGUGCCUUCUGUGAAGAAAUUCCUCCUCAGGCCCCUGGAGACUGAGGGGAUUGUGUGUGCUUCCCUUCUGCCUCAUGAGAUGUUCUUACAGUCUUGGUCUUCCUCCAAGAGCUGCAUCCUGCUUUUUAUGCCAUUGUUGGUCAGUGAACUGAACUGGUGUGACCCAUCAGGAGAUUUUUAUGAUGAGUCCAUCUGCCAGAAAGCCUAAAUCAUAAAAAAAGUGAUGUAAAACUUCCCUGAACUGUAUUUCCUACUAAGCACAGUAACAGUAGCAAGUAGAAGUUAACGCCACAGUGACUCAAAACGGAAAGGUUCAGUUCAGCAAAGGGAAAUGAAUCAUUCAGUUUGGGCAAUCAUGAGAAAUUUCUGAAAAUAAAUUUUAAAAACUUAGCUUUAUUGGAAAAAAUAUUGCCCUGACUUGUUAAAAGAAAUAGCCAUGAAAGCUGCAGGAAGUUUUUUUUUGACCAGUUAUAAUUUUUGUUGCUAUUUCCUUGACUUUAAAAACCUUAAUUUUUUUAAGUCUGAAAUCUCACACUCUUGUUCCACUGACUUAAAUGACAAUAUUCUUGAAAUGCCUUCCAUACAGGUGUGUCUGA